UGUGUGUGUGUGUGUGUGUGUGAAGACACAUUCCACUUGUUCCCUGAUCUCUCCUGACGCUCUCUGAGUCAGUCUGAGGUGAUGGACUCGUUGGUUCAGCAGCAGGUUGGCGACUCGUUCCUGGAACACUUGUGUUUAUUGGACAUCGACCAGGAGCCGAUCACAGCGCGCAACACCAGCAUCAUCUGCACCAUCGGCCCAGCGUCCCGCUCUGUGCCAAAGCUCCAGGCUAUGGUGAAGGCUGGGAUGACCAUCGCUCGCCUAAACUUCUCCCACGGAACCCAUGAGUAUCACAGAGAAUCUAUCCGUAACAUUCGUGAAGCGGUGCAGUCGCUGACCUCUGACCCCCUGACGUAUCAACCCGUAGCCAUCGCUCUGGAUACCAAAGGACCAGAAAUACGCACUGGUCUGGUCCAGGGGCUUGUGGAUGGUGAGGUGAAGCUGGAGCGCGGCUCUGUGGUGAAGGUGGUGACAGAUGAAGCGGAGAGGAACGUGACAGACGGUUCACGUGUUUGGGUGGACUACCCUGAUCUGUCUCACGUGGUUAAGGUGGGAGGAACCAUCUACAUUGACGAUGGACUCAUCUCUCUCACAGUGCUACGCAUCGGUGACGGGUGGGUGGAGACUCGGGUGGAGAGUGGUGGCAUUCUGUGUAGCCAUAAAGGUGUGAACCUGCCCGGGGCGGAGAUAGUAAACUUACCCGCAGUGAGUGAACGGGACACAGCCGACCUGAAGCUGGGCGUGGAGGAGGGCGUGGACAUCGUCUUCGCCUCCUUCAUCCGCUGCGCCGAGGAUGUCAGGGCCGUAAGGAGGGCGCUAGGACCCAGUGGAGCCAAAAUCAAAGUUAUCAGCAAGGUGGAAAACAGACAGGGAGUGGAAAAUUUUGAUGAGAUUCUGAGGGAGAGUGAUGGAGUGAUGGUCGCUCGUGGUGAUCUUGGGAUUGAGAUUCCAGCAGAAAAAGUCUUCAUCGCACAGAAGAUGAUGAUCGGACGCUGCAACUCCGUAGGAAAACCAGUCAUCUGUGCCACACAGAUGUUGGAAAGUAUGGUAUUGAACUCCCGGCCCACCCGUGCUGAGAGUAGCGAUGUCGCUAACGCUGUGCUGGAUGGAGCCGACUGUGUCAUGCUCUCUGCAGAGACGGCUAAAGGGCGCUACCCAGUGGAGGCAGUGUCCAUGAUGCACUCAAUCUGCAGGGAGGCUGAGGCAGCUCUGUUCCACCAGCGGGUGUUUGAGGAUCUGAGGCGUCUCACUGCUCUGAGUUCAGAUCCCACAGAGGUGACGGCGAUCGGAGCAGUCGAGUCGAGCUUCAAAUGCAGUGCAGGGGCCAUUAUCGUCCUCACCACCUCCGGGAGGUCUGCCCACCUGUUGUCUCGGUACCGCCCCCGCUGUCCCAUCAUCGCCGUGACGAGGAACGCUCAGAUGGCUCGCCAAUCACAGCUGCUCCGGGGAGUGUUCCCCGCCAUCUUCCAGGCCCCCCCUGCUAAGGUCUGGGCUGAUGAUGUCGACAACAGGGUCACCUUCGGCAUGGAAAUAGGCAAAGUGCGUGGCUUCUUUAAACCAGGUGACAUGGUGAUCAUAGUGACUGGAUGGAGCCCUGGAUCUGGACACACAAACAUCAUGAGAGCAGUGACAGUGCCAUGAAACCUGAUUGGACACAGGCUUUAAACUCUUCACUCUGAUUGGACCCAGGCUUUAAACUCUUCACUCUGAUUGGACCCAGGCUUUAAACUCUUCACUCUGAUUGGACCCAGGCUUUAAACUCUUCACUCUGAUUGGACCCAGGCUUUAAACUCUUCACUCUGAUUGGACCCAGGCUUUAAACUCUUCACUCUGAUUGGACCCAGAUACUGAACUUCCUUAUUCGUGCAAUAUUUCUGGUAAUUAACCUAAUAAAAUAACAGUCAUCAAUGA